CAUGACUCAGCAUCUCUGGUUGGCUCUCCAAACUACCCAUCUCCUCUGCACCGAGCCUCUGAUGGACCCUCUAUGCAUGCAUCUGUCCGCCACCCACGCACGGACCUGUCUGCCCACCUUCCAUGUACCUCUCCAUACACCAGUCUAUUUCUGUACCCAUCCACCCACCCGUCCACGCCUUGUCCACAUUCCAACCUAAAGUCAGCGGUACCCAGGCAACGUGGUAAGAGCCGUACCUAGCCACCUGGGUGAAGUCUGCUGGGACCCUGAGGGAUAUCAGGACUGUUGUCGCCUUGGCACCGGAUUUCCUGCUGCAGACCGGAGCUCUAGACUCACAGGAAGAGUGUGACUUUCCUUAUUGUCCCAGACCUCAGUGCUUGGCUUCCCAAGGUGGUGCGUUGGAGAGGCCAGCGGACACGUCUGUAGGACUGACCCCUUUGUCCCAACGCUGCUGCGCAGGGCUGGCCAGGUCCCCCAGGCUCAGUCCAGGACCCUCUCCGGAGGCCCUUGGUCUCCCUGAGGGCGCAGGGAAUCGGGCCCCGCCCCCUCGCUCUUUCUGUAUUUGGCUUCUUGUGCAUUCUGUGGCUUCUGCUUGGUUUCAUUCCUCGCUGCCUGACAGAGAGAGUGGGUUUGUGCAGUUAAGGGGGCACCUCGGGGAGGAGGGGCUCUGUGUGCUUUCUCCUCUAGCAAGCUGCAUCCAAAAAAUAACUCCUUCCACAGCGGGGACAAAAAUAGCCCAGGUGCAGGGCUCAGAUGGGGGUGGGAGGCCGUGCAUGGAGCCGCACAGCUUUUUCCCUGCAACAUACGCCCACCUGGUCCCUUGGCCCGCAGGGACCACGGCCCGCUUGCACAUUUCCCGACCCCACCAUCCGGCCAGCUAGCAGAGUCUCUGGUAUUACUUACCUCUUUGUGUCUAAGUUAAUUCAUUAUCCAUCCUAUGUGUUUGCAGUUGUUAAUUCACCCACCCUCACAUCCACCCGCAGAGCCACCCACUUACCCUCCCGUCGACCCACCCACCAUGCAUGGACCCAGUCACCCGCCCGCCCUUCCGUCUGCCCACCCCGUCCUCCAGCUAUUCCCCCAGCCACUGAUUCACUGCACUUUCGAGCCAAUUCAAACUCCCAAAUGCCUACAAGAGUUACUAUCGCCUGUCAGACGCUGUGUCAGGCUCUGCGACUAGCAAGUGAAGGAGACAGGCCUGGUGUCUACCUGUGUGCGAGUCCUGCAAGUCACUUCUGGGAUCAGGUGAGGAGCUCAUCGCAGAGGUCCCAGGGUUUCCUGACACCAGCCCGCCGUGAACUUGGUCCUGUGCUGUCCGCUGCAGUUGGAAGCUGGACUGCCCGGCCCAGUGUGUGCCUGGCAGAUGAUCUGCCCUGGAGCAGGGAACAGCACUGUGCACAGGGAAGGCGGGCCCUUCAAAACCCCAACAGACUGCACCCCAUCCUGACCUACAGAGCAACCUCGGCCCCCUGCCUGCUGCAGCCAACAACGACCCAGGCAGGAAGUGGGGCCGGGGACCGCGAGUCCUCUCGCUCUCCUCUCGGCACACGUGUCUUCCUGCUCAUCUCUCAGUGGGUGCCUUUCUGGGUGCCCUUCUGGGUGCCCAGUUUACCAAGUGGGUGCCCAGAGAGAUUUGGGGUUCGGUUAAGCAACAAGUAACACUUUUAGAACAAAUGUAUUCCAUGCAGUAUGUGAGACACGUCUACGCUAAAAAUUACCCUUUGUUUCUCCGAAGUUCAAGUGUAAUAGGCGUCUUGUGCUCGACCUGCUUGUCGAAAGGGCAUUGUGAAGCCAGGUGCAGUUCGCUUUCCUGCCCCACUCACGUUGAUUGAGCCUGGCUGUCACUGCUAUUAGAGUCAGACUAAGGAUGCUGCAUAUUCAAUA